CAAAUGGCGAAACCAAAAAUAUACUGGUCCUUCAUAUUAUCAUCAUGUCUAUUCAUGCAGUGCAUGGCAUCACCUUUACUUUCAUCUCCCGCUAGAGUCGAAGAUCUUGCAGACGUUAUCACACCUCUACUGACACAACUGAGACAAUCACCUCUAACUCCUUCAGCAUUCUCCUUGGCUGCCACCAGAUUCAUAGUCAUGUUACCAUUCCUGCCCCUCAUGAUGGCCAUUCCGGGAGUCACAGCAGUCAUCAUGCCCAUGUUCAUGGCCAUGCAGGAUCGUCUGAAAACAAUCAUUCCCAAUUUCCCAAACCUGAUUGGCAACAGGCCUGGUAACAAUGGCAACCAACAAGGUGGUUCGGUUACAAACUUAGUAAACUUUGCGAACUUGUUUGGCAACAGACCAGGUAACAAUGCCAAUCAGCAAGGUGGUUCAAUAACUAACUCUGGAGGCAGCAAUGUAGUUGCGGACAGUGACAGUGCCUCCCCUACUUUCUUUAGGUUUAAAAGAUCUUUUUUUAAGCUGCCUACCACAGCCCUGAAUGAGGGAUUCAGAGAAGUUUUUGAUAUCUUGCACAAGACUGAUGACGUCAUCAAUCAUUUAACGAGUGAACAACCGGAUUGCAGAAGGCAAAUGGUGUGCAGGUUGAACCAUUUUAUUGAUCCAUCAAUUGGUUCCUUCAUUGGGAAUAUGAUACAAGUAUUUAAAUUAGAGACUCAAGUUGAAAAAUUGGACGUAUCAGAUUUCACCAGGGAGAUCAUCAAGGACGUUCUACGAUCGGCAAGUACAGGUCUCUACCACAAAGAUUGCAACUCAGUUUACGCUAGGUGCUCACUUAGCAGGACAUUGUUCGGAUGAAAAAAAAAUUCUAAUUUGCAAUCCUCAUCAACUAAAUGACAUUUGCCCUGUCGUUUCUACGAUAGUGAAAGAACAAAUAUUCUAUCCACAGAAAUGUUUUUUUAUUCUCCCUUCAACUGGCUUGAAAUAUGCACAUGCGCAGAAUCGUCGAUGUUCGUUCCAAAUAGAAAAACAUAUCAAGCACAGCGGGAACUGCCUUUUGCAGAAAAGAAUAUUUGUAGAUUUUUCUCAAGACGUGUAUAUUUCUGUCCGGUAUCUUAUGUAAAUGUCUGCACGAAUUAUUCGCGACAAAACAAGCAUUCCACGGCUGCACAUUUGCAUGAUUUACCAAACGCAUUUACCAAAAAUAAAAAAUAAAUAUUAUGAAAUUUAUGAAGGAACUAAAAGGUUAAUUCCUUCUCUUGUUGAGGUCUACAUGUAUGAAACCAAUAAAAAGCAAUAACAAAAAGAUUCACAAUCAGAACAAAAUGGAAAUUAUCCGCCAAGGGAAGAGUAUUGCAGGCAAUUUGAUGUUCCUAGAAAUAAAAUAUUAAAGCAUUCUGACCUUGCUAAAGUGGAUCUUUUCCUCUAAAAUAGUAAUAUUUCAAGCUAUCUGGCAUUUUAGGAGCCAACAUUAUAGCUUCAAAAUAAGUAUUGCAGGCAAUAUAAUGUCAUCAAAAAUUUACUUAUUCACAACAAAUCCACGAAAUCUGAUACUGCUGCUGCAGUCAACAUACCUCCAAUAAAAAAAAGAUACAAUGCAAGAAAUUUCAACUUAAUGCUUUAUAAAUAUCUUGAUUAAUCAUCAGAACUAAUUUCUGACAAAAAACUGUUAUUCCGAAAUUCAGUAUUAUAAUAAAUUUCCACGUUUGCGCUUAUAAUCAAUCAAAAUAUAUUAGGAAUUGCGUUAUUUUUUCUGAAUGAAAACUCGAGGAACGCCUCGUUCCAUGGCUUUAAUUUGAGGAAACAAAUACUUAUUCAACUAUUAUUUGCUGAGCAAAUUGAUGUUCUAUUAUGGCUUAUGACUGUGAAAAUUUCUCUGCUUUAAUUCCAAUAAAUUUGGUAAUUUAAAUCAAGACAUUAAAGUGAGACACUCCAUUUCAAAUUUUAGCAACCAAAUCGGAUUUCCAAUUCAACAUUAUUUACGUACUCUAGAGUAUUAUUUUGACAAAACUUCAUGUUUUUCAUUUUGUGGUGUAUGUGGUUUCAUUUGUGAGCGUGUUUAUGAAAAGUGUGUGUUUUCCUAAAUAAAUCCCUAAAUUGUAUUAUGUUUCAAAUGUUUAUGUAAAUAAAUUCAAUCCACUGAAAA